CAAGAGUCAGAGACUAUUUUACCCUAUUUGCCUUUAUAGAAUUAAGUUUGACGACAGGGCCCAAGGUAUGUAGAUCUACAAUAAUUUUGGCAAGGCCAAUAGUCUCACUGGAGCCCCAAGAAUUUUGAUGGACUUUCGACUGCCAACUUCACUUUUAGAACCGGUCUGCUGUAGCCUGUGUGUUGUAACGAAAGGAAUCCAGUAUCUUAACCAGCGAGGAUUAAAAACUGAAAAUGGACAGAACACCUCAACAGAUCGUCAAGAACAAAGACCUUCCUGGCAACAAGAUGAGCUCCAGUUUAAGGGAAAGGUUGAAAAAAUGCGGGCGCUAUCAUCCUGGAACCCCUACUUCCAUCCACUCACCGCAGACUUCACAGUUUAAGACUGAAACUGCAAUUUUAAAUAACUGCAUGAACUCGCCAACAGCUGAGUUCACUCCUUCUAAGGAUGUGCUUCAAAAGAAUCAUCUGUUGUCAGCAGUUGAGGGUGAUACCAACUUCAGGUUGCCUUCUAAAUUAAAGACAUUAAAACCAAUCAAAUUUGAAGACAGGAUAAAAUCUGUAGAUCAGACAAUUGAUGGAAAUUCAAAAACGCAAUAUAGUGACAGUUGUGAUGUGGGUACUUCUACGCAUGUGUUGACUGAUGAUCUGAGCAAGAAAGUCUCUACAGACACCUCGUCAGACUCUAAUUGCAUUGACCCUUCAACUAGUGUGCCCCAGUCCCAUUCAGAUGUUGUUGAGGGGGAUCAUUUACAGUCGGACCCCUCUUGUCAAUCUGAAGACAUGGAGGAACUUUUAGCAGUGAAAAAGACGUUGCAGUCCGAUCUCUUGAAGCAAGAAGAAUGCCUGAGAAAGCUAAAGAUGGUCAAAAUGUACAGAGAAAAGAAUAAUUUGACAGAAUUGCAGAAGCUCAUCGACACAUGGAGAGAUGUAUCUCAAAGGGCAUUGACUGAUUUGCUGGAGCUGCAGCCACCGCCCCAGCCUCACAUGAGUGAUCUGAUCAGCCACCUUCAAAUAGAUCCAGAGUUUAUCGGAUACAAUAAGGAGGAAGAAGGGUUCUCAUGAGAAUUUAGGAAUGGCUACGGAGUGUGUUCUUUACUGUGAAAUAGAAUCUGUGACAUUUAUAAUGAGUGAGCACACUCGGAGUAAGGUUAUACCUUUACAUUUGUUGUUAUUUUGCCUGUGAUGAAUUACAACAUUCUUGAAAUUUUCAC